AUGACUUCUUCGGUUCUAGUGGUGCUGCUGGUAGUGCUGGCUCGGAUUCCAAAGCCUAUAGAAGCAGAUUCAAUAAAGGAAUCCGUUCCUCAAAGUGGCGACUUCACAAUAGAAACUCAUAACAAAUCGAGUCCAGAAAUUGUGAAUAUUUCAGAUAUUAAAAGCCUAAAGAAACUGGAUUCUCACAUAAAAGAAGGCUUUGUCACCGAAAUUCCAAGUCAAAUUGGCUCUACAAAUUCCAGUCUGCAAACCCAAAUUCCAAAUCUUUCAAAUCCAGAAAUCAGUCCACAAAAUGUGGAUGCUACACUCAAAAACCCAGAAGAAAUUAUCUCUGAUUUUGUUGAUACUUUUGGGAAUGAAAGCUUAAUUUAUUUGCGAAAUAAGAGUUUUAAUAAAACCAGUUCCGAGAAGGAAAUAAUUUUGGGUUUUUUAAGAAACGAGCAUACCAACUAUUGUAAAAAUGGAUUUUUUAACGAAUGGGAAAACACUAGAUUUGAGACAAGUGACAGGCUCAACUUGCGACAGCUACCGACUUCGUUUCAGGAACUGCUCCUGGACCGCCUGCAGGAUCAGUUGCGUCAGCUGUUUGUCGGCCUGCCCCUGGACAUAGCCUUCUCCACCCUCAACUAUAUAUGCAGUACUAUUGUAGAUCUGGGCGUGGUGAGGUCCAAAAUUGUUCCGGAUGUCUCGCGCAUGAGCUUUCUCCUUCGCACCGAGCAGGAGUGUCAGAAUACCAGUAUUCCACUGACGCAGGCCGAGAAGCUGUGGGAUACUCCCGGGUUUUACCAGGAUAGACCCACGGUCCUGUUCAUCACCGGCUGGACAACGAGCAUAAACAAUUCCAACAGCGGACCAGUGGCCAAGGCCUAUGCUUGUCGCAAUGAUACAAAUAUUUUGAUUCUGGAUGCCGCUGACUUUAUUGACACCCUGUAUACAUGGUCAGCCUUGAACACAGAGGUUAUUGGAGCCACUCUGGCCACGGCACUCCUCCGGAUGAAUGCGACCUAUGUCACGAACCACUUCCAUUUGGUGGGUCACAGUCUGGGCGCCCAGAUAGCAGGUUCGGCGGGCAGGAACUACCGGCAAAUGUCGGGGGGCCUAAUCCUGAAGAGAAUCACUGGACUGGAUCCGGCCAAUCCCUGUUUCUACGACGGCAACGAUUUGGAGGGUCUGCGGAGUGGGGAUGCCCGAUUUGUGGACAUUAUCCACUCGAAUCCUGGAAUGCUGGGAUCCCCGAAACGUUCUGGCGAUGCGGACUUCUUUGUCCAGGGACGGGUUCCCUUCAAGGAGGGCUGCGAGGGUAUCUCCACCAUUAGCUGUUCGCACCAAAGGGCCGUGGAUUACUGGACGGAAACGGUUUAUCCCUCGAAUGCAAACGACUUUCUGGGCAGGCGAUGUGAUCGCUAUUCGGAACUCCUGCUUGGCAGUUUUUGCCGGGACACGAGGACCGUGAUGGGUUAUGCUGCCAAACCCACGGAUCUGGGCCUGUUCUACGUGGGCGCCAAUCGAGCGGAGCCCUAUGGCCAGAAUGCAAAUCCGCAGACCUACACCUACUCGACCACUGGAUGCGGAGCUUGCUAGUAAACAGACUAAAAAUAGUCUGUAACUAAAGAAAAACAUUUUAAACCAUUACCCUUAGAGUAAAUGGGUAUCUAUAAGGUAGAAGAAAGCGUU